CCGAGCCCCGGUGGCGGUGCGGCGGCGGCGGGAGCCGAGGGAGGAGCGGCAGCCCCGGGCGCGGGCACCGCGGGCACCCCGGGGGGCAGCGCCGCCGCCAAGAUGUCCCGGCGAAAGCAGAGCAAACCCCGGCAGAUCAAACGGCCGCUGGAAGAUACCAUUGAAGAGGAAGAGGAAGAGCGCCCAUCCGAGGAAACUGACCUCAUCCCAAAGGGGGACUUUCCAUUGGAGGAAAGCUUUUCCACAGAAUUUGGGCCCGAGAAUCUGAGCUGUGAAGAAGUGGAAUACUUUUGUAACAAAGGUGAUGAGGAAGGAGUGCAGGAGACAACGGAAUCUGACGGGGACACCCAGCUAGAGAAGCCAGCACAGCCGAGUGCUGAGACAGAUGAUUGGGAUGGACCAGGAGAACUGGAGGUGUUUCAGAAAGAUGGGGAGCGCAAAAUCCAGAGUCGGCAGCAACUUCCUGUGGGAACAACGUGGGGACCCUUCUCUGGGAAGAUGGACCUGAAUAAUAAUUCCUUGAAGACAAAGACUCAGGUCCCAAUGGUGCUCACUGCUGGUCCCAAGUGGCUACUGGAUGUGACUUGGCAAGGAGUGGAGGACAACAAAAACAACUGCAUUGUGUACAGCAAAGGAGGUCAGCUUUGGUGCACCACGACUAAGGCCAUCUCUGAGGGUGAAGAGCUAAUUGCCUUUGUGGUGGAUUUUGACUCAAGGCUACAAGCUGCCAGUCAGAUGACUCUUACAGAAGGGAUGUACCCUGCACGCCUGCUGGACUCAAUUCAGCUGCUUCCUCAGCAAGCUGCCAUGGCUUCUAUUUUGCCUACAGCUAUUGUCAAUAAAGAUAUAUUCCCUUGCAAGUCCUGUGGCAUCUGGUAUCGAAGCGAGCGGAAUCUGCAAGCCCACUUGAUGUACUAUUGCAGUGGGAGGCAAAGAGAAGCGGCCCCAGUGUCAGAGGAAAACGAAGAUAGUGCUCCUCAGAUUUCCAGCCUGUGCCCUUUCCCACAAUGCACCAAGAGCUUUUCAAAUGCCCGAGCUCUGGAAAUGCACCUGACUUCACACAGUGGAGUGAAAAUGGAAGACUGUCUGCCCCCCGGUACUAGUCUCAAAUGCACUGUCUGUAGCUACACGGCUGAUUCGGUGAUCAGCUUCCACCAACACCUCUUCUCCCAUCUCACUCAAGCUGCCUUCCGGUGCAGCCACUGCCACUUUGGUUUCCAGACUCAGCGGGAGCUACUACAGCACCAGGAGCUCCAUAUGCCAGGUGGCAAACUGACCAGAGACAGUGACCUGGAGCACUCGCCAAGUGCCCCUGAGGAUGGUCUGCAGCCCACCCCAGACCUCAUGACCAGAAGCGAACUUAGCACCAGCCAAAAGGCCAUGCAGACUAAAGAUGCCAGCUCAGACACAGAGCUGGACAAGUGUGAGAAAAAGACUCCACUCUUUCUUACCAACCAGAGAUCAGACAUCCCGCCCAACACCAAUAAGCAAAGCUUUUCCUACACCAAGAUCAAGUCUGAGCCCUCGAGUCCACGACUUGCAUCCUCUCCCGUUCAGCCUAACAUGGGACCCUCUUUCCCUGUGGGCCCUUUCUUGUCUCAAUUUGCUUUUCCCCAAGAUAUCACCAUGGUCCCCCAAGCUUCUGAAAUCUUAGCCAAGAUGUCUGAGCUGGUUCACAGGCGGUUGCGACAUGGAAGUAGUAGUUACCCACCCGUCAUUUACAGUCCUUUGAUGCCCAAGGGGGCAACUUGUUUUGAGUGUAAUAUAACAUUCAAUAAUUUGGAUAAUUAUCUAGUGCACAAAAAACAUUACUGCAGCAGUCGAUGGCAACAGAUGGCCAAGUCCCCCGAGUUUCCUGGUGUGGCAGAGAAAAUGCCUGAGGCCGUGAGUCCCAACACGGGCCAGACCUCCAUCAGUCUUCUGAACCCCACUGCUCAUUCUGCUGAUCCUGAGAAUCCAUUGCUCCCCACCUCCUGCCUCAACUCCUCGGCUGUCUUAGAUUUAAUUGGGCCCAAUGGGAAGGGCCAUGAGAAAGACUUUUCGGCUCAAGCUAAGAAGAUCCCCACCUCCAAUAGCAGUGAUGAGAAAAUCAAUGGGAAGCCGGUGGAUGUGAAAAACCCCAGCAUCCCCUUAGUGGAUGGGGAGAGUGACCCCAAUAAGACAACCUGUGAAGCUUGCAACAUUACCUUCAGCCGGCACGAGACAUACAUGGUCCACAAACAGUAUUACUGUGCCACCCGCCAUGACCCACCACUCAAGAGGGCCGCAUCCAACAAAGUUCCUGCCAUGCAGAGAACCAUGCGUACCCGCAAGAGGAGAAAGAUGUAUGACAUGUGCCUCCCUGAGCAGGAGCAGAGACCUCCACUGGUCCAGCAGCGGUUCCUGGACGUGGCCAACCUCAGCAACCCUUGCACCUCCACUCAAGAGGCCCCUGAAGGGCUGGGAGACUGCUACCACCCGAGAUGUGAGAUCUUCCCAGGAAUUGUCUCCAAGCACUUGGAAACGUCUCUGACCAUCAACAAAUGCAUGCCAGUGGCCAAAGGGGACACCUCCCAUGCCAGUGUCUCCUGCUUAGAGAUGGACGUGCCCAUUGAUCUCAGCAAGAAGUGUUUAGCCCCAUCAGAGCGGACCACCACAUCCCCCAAGAGGCUGCUGGAUUACCACGAAUGCACCGUCUGCAAGAUAAGCUUCAACAAAGUGGAGAAUUACCUGGCCCACAAGCAGAAUUUCUGCCCCGUCACAGCCCAGCAAAGGAAUGACCUGGCGCAACUCGAUGGCAAAGCGUUUCCCAAUCCCGAGAGUGAACGCAAUAGUCCUGAGGCUAGCUAUGACCGAAGCCUCAUCAAAUGUGAGAAAAAUGGGAACCUGAAACAGCCCUCUCCCAACGGCAACUUGUUCUCUUCUCACUUGGCCACCCUGCAGGGUCUGAAAGUCUUCAGCGAAGCCGCCCAACUCAUUGCUACAAAGGAAGAAAACAAACAUUUGUUCCUCCCUCAAUGCCUUUACCCUGGAGCAAUAAAGAAGGCCAAAGGUGCCGACCAGCUUUCUCCCUAUUAUGGAAUCAAACCCAGUGAUUAUAUUUCAGGUUCCCUUGUCAUCCAUAACACUGAUCUCGAACAAAGCACCAACACAGAAAAUGAAUCUCCCAAAGACCAAGCUUCCUCCAAUGGCUGUGCUGUGCCCAAGAAGGAUUCUCUGCCCUUGCUGCCCAAAAACAGAGGCAUGGUCAUUGUCAAUGGUGGACUGAAACCGGAAGAGAGACCUACAGCCAACCCACAGCAAGAGAACCUUUCCCAGAACCCUCCACAUGAAGAUGGCCACAAAUCUCCCUCAUGGGUAGCUGAGAACCCCUUAGCUGCCAAUGAGAACGUCUCUCCAGGAAUGGCCUCAGCGGCUGAGGAACAGUUGUCUAGCAUAGCCAAAGGGGUGAAUGGCUCCUCCCAGCCUCCCACCAGUGGAAAAUAUUGCCGGCUGUGUGAUAUCCAGUUCAACAAUCUAUCAAACUUUAUAACUCACAAGAAGUUUUAUUGUUCAUCACAUGCUGCGGAACAUGUCAAAUGAGAUCAUACAGAGACAACCAUCCCCUCCUUGCCCAAUACCCCCAACCCCCUUUGGUACCAGUGUUUAAUAUGUCUGUUCUACCCAGUCAAGAAACAGAACAAAACAAACGCUAUUUGGAUCACAUCUGGGCAAUCAGGAGCUAAUUCAUCAUGGCGAAAGUGAAGACUUAUAGUGUCAUUUCAUGACAGUCCAUUUAGUCAAGUGUAUUAUUGGUGCCAUUUUCCAAAAACAAACAAAAAUUAAUUUAUUUUACCAGCAGUAUUCAUAGCUGUGGUUAUGUUAUUUUUUAUUUAAAAACUUUAUAUUAAAGUCAUUUGUAAUGUUAUUGUAUAGUUAUUGUGUAGCACAUAUG